GUGACGUCUGGGAGGGUCGGUCGGGGCGGCGAGGUAGGUGAGCGGCUGAGCCAGAGAGGUUAUCCGGACUCGCCUGCUACCGUGUCAGGAGAGCGCGGCUCGGAGGUGCCACUCGUCGCGUCGCGUCGGAAGAGAGCAACAGCGCCCAUAAACUUCGGCGGACCCCCCCAGCCGUGCGGCAUCACCAUCACCAUGUUCAGCUGGGUAAACAAGGAGCAAGGCGGCAGGAAUAAAGACGGGGAGAUGUUCCAGACUGUCACCGAGGGGCUGCAGGCUCUCUACACCAAGAAGCUGCUGCCCCUGGAAGAGGCGUAUCUCUUCCACGAUUUCCACUCCCCGGCCCUGGAGCCGGCGGAUUUCCAGAGCAAACCUAUGGUGCUCCUCGUGGGCCAGUACUCCACGGGCAAAACCACCUUCAUCAGAUACCUCCUGGAAGAGGAUUUCCCGGGCAUGCGUAUCGGACCUGAGCCCACAACGGACUGUUUCAUCGCGGUGAUGCAUGGGGAGAACGAGGGAAUCAUCCCAGGGAACGCUCUCGUCGUCGACCCCAAGAAACCCUUUCGGAAGCUCAACGCCUUCGGCAACGCCUUCCUCAACAGGUUCAUUUGCUCCCAGAUGCCAAACCAAGUCCUGCAGAGCAUCAGCAUCAUCGACAGCCCCGGGAUCCUCUCUGGAGAGAAGCAGCGCAUCAGUCGAGGGUAUAAUUUCUCGGAGGUCCUGCGGUGGUUCGGCGAGAGGGUGGACCGCAUCAUCCUGCUCUUCGACGCCCACAAGCUGGACAUCUCGGACGAGUUCUCGGAGGCCAUCAAAGCCUUCCGCGGGCAGGACGACAAGAUCCGCGUGGUGCUGAACAAGGCCGACCAGGUGGACACGCAGCAGCUGAUGCGCGUCUACGGCGCCCUCAUGUGGUCCCUGGGGAAGGUGAUCAACACGCCCGAGGUGGUGCGGGUCUACCUGGGCUCCUACUGGGCCAAGCCCCUGCAGAACACCGAGAACCGCCGCCUGUUCGAGGCCGAGACGCAGGACCUCUUCCGCGACAUCCAGAGCCUGCCGCGCAACGCUGCCCUGCGCAAGCUCAACGACCUCAUCAAGCGGGCGAGGCUCGCCAAGGUGCACGCUUACAUCAUCAGCCACCUGAAGAAGGAGAUGCCGUCCCUCUUCGGCAAGGAGAAUAAGAAAAAGGAGCUGAUUAGCAAACUGCCAGAGAUCUAUGUCCAGCUGCAAAGGGAGUACCAUAUUUCUCCAGGGGACUUCCCCAAUGUCAUCAAAAUGCAGGAGCAGUUAGAGCACUACGACUUCAGCAAGUUUCCUUCUCUGAAGACCAAGCUGGUGGAGUCCGUCGACAAAAUGCUGGCCAGUAAAAUCUCGGGGCUGAUGAUGAUGAUCCGCGAGGAGGAGAGAAAGCAGCCCACGCAGGUCGUUAGCGGGGGGGCGUUCGAAGGCUCUCAGGACGGGCCGUUUGGACAGGGCUACGGGGAGGGGAUAGGGGCGGGCGCCGACGCCGAGGACUGGAUCGUCAGCCGUGACAAGCCCAAGUACGACGAGAUCUUCUACACCCUCAUGCCCAUCAACGGCCGCAUCUCUGGCAUGAACGCCAAGAAGGAGAUGAUGAGCUCCAGGCUGCCCAACUCCGUCCUGGGCAAGAUCUGGAAGCUGGCGGACUGCGACAAGGACGGCAUGCUGGACGACGAGGAGUUUGCCCUGGCGCAGCACCUCAUCAAGGUCAAACUGGAGGGCUAUGAGCUGCCCAGCGAGCUGCCCAGCCACCUCGUGCCACCAGCUCACAGGAAGAGCUUGAUGGUCGGCUCUCCCUUCAACCACGAGGAAGAAUAAACAGGGCGUACCGAGAAGAGCCGGGGCUGACGUGCCACACAGCCCCCGAGCUCCCUGGGUCAUUGGCGACCUGUGUAGGCGCUGAACUGUGAGUGCAAAACCGGAGUUCAGCUGCUAGGGGAAAAAACGAGAAUAAAAUUUAAAUGGACAAUGCUUCCAGGAUUAUCAAGAGUGCCGGCUCUAUGGCUAGUGUAUCAUAGUAUCAUGCUUCCCGCUGGAUUGCUGAUACUAGGUGAAGCCUAGUGAGGCAUUGAUCUUCAAGCAACAUCUGUGCUCUGGCUGUUGUCUGUAAAAGUCGUGUAUAGUACCUCAUUGUUAAUAUCCAGAGGUGGCGGUCAGGAGAUAAAGAGAGAGAUCGGCACAGAGUUCUACACGAACAUUCCCAGAGAGCAAAGAAAUACGUUUUUUAAUUUACGUCAUCUAAAUGGGGUUUACGUUUAGUGAAAUAGUGAAAGGAUAACCUUGUCUAUGGACAACCCCGGUCCUGGAGGGCUGGUGUGUUUGUGGGUUUUCUAGGUCUCUUUAAAGGAGCAACACCUGAAGAGUGCAGCCUCCAGGACCAGGACUGGACAUCUCUGAUCUAAGAAGAUUUCUUUUUCACUUCAGUUUAUUAGGUUGAACGUUUAGAGAAUCAUAAGCGUUGAGGCAUUUGGAUCACAGAUUUUCUACAGCAAAAAAACACAUUUUUUGUUCUGCUAAAUAUAAAUCUUUUUUCAUAUUGUGGUUUGAGAAUGUUUAAGGUCAUGCAAAAUGGCAGGUUUAUGCUUCACAUCUGGAAAAAUGGAAAAACAAGUUAAUUUAAUUUUAUUCUAAUUAUUCUACAAAUUCCUGAAAACUGAUGAAAACCUUUAUGUUAUUGCUAACGUUACCCUUAUUUACCUGGAGGAAUUUAAACACAGCAGCCAUGGAUUAUUCAAAAUAUCCAUGGAUAUCCACAGAUAUUCUACUAAUCCGCAGUAUUGUAUUAAUCAUUGUUUCGUUGUCUAUUAAACCUACAGUAAGAUAGGGAAGCACAUUUUGGAAAAUUGUUUUUGUGAUGGGCCGAUGUUGAAAUAUGUUUCAGAAAGUGUCUACUGUCACAUUUUACAUCAAAGUAUGGCAGUAGCUUUAUUUUCACAAUCUGGUAUCCUGUUACCAUUAACCCUGAGGAAAAAAACUUAAAUGUUCAUAUAGAACUUCACAAUUCUGGGAAUUAGCAAAAUUCUGCAGAAACCUUUAGGUCAUCUUUAGGAUGUUUUUGUAAAGUGAAGUUUGUCUAUGGGAUUUUGGGAUGAACCACCCACCUGCCACUCAGCAGACAGGUUUGAAAAUGGAAAGGAAGAUCAGGACUGUAGACACACAGUGUGUAGAGCUUGUCUUCUCAGUUGAAGGGGGGCUGUGUUUUUUGUAUCAGGAAAGAGGCCACACAGAUACAUAAAACUGACAUAGCACUGUUCUUUCUGUCUUAUUAUGUGCAAUAAUAGUAUAAUUCUGAAUAUAUCGAAAGGUGAAAAUAUACUCAAUCUCACUGAAGAGAGAAAGGCAAAGGUGUCGUAUCUUUCAUAGCUAACCUGGUGUUCUUCAGGCUGUUUUUGUGUCAGUGUGUGUGAGCAUACAAUACUUAUAAAGUUACUGUACAUAUGUACCAGAACACAGAUAAAAACAAGCAAUUCAAAUGUAUUUUUCGCUUUUUGUUUUUUAAUUUAUAGAAUGUUUUAUUAUAAAAACAAGAUCUAGACACCUGAGAUUUUUGGGUAUGUAAUUGAGAACACCCAUUUUAAGGGAGAAAAUGUGAUAUACCUUAUGUAUUUUAAAAAAAAAGAUUGUGCCUCAGAGGGUCCCAUGAUGCCUUGAAUUGCAAUCAACAACCCCAGGUCCUUGAAUCAUGAUCUUGUAAAACCAUCGUGUCCAUUAAGUGACUUUUGGGACAAUUCAAAUCAGUGUGUCACUGCUUUAUGAAGAAGGUAGACAUUUUCAUCCAAAAAGCACCCACUUCUUUUCUAGUUUGACCUUCAGCACAGUUAUUGCAUUAGGUUCAGUGGAUGUAAUCAAUCUUGUGCCUUGUUUUUUUAAUACCUUUUCUUUUCAUAAUUUAAACCAGGUCAAAGUAGUAUGCACAGGAAUUCUAGGUCUGUGGCAAUCACCUUCAGUUAGUUAGUUAUCACACGUACAGUAUACUUUGUCUUCCCUGGGUGUCACUUUGGUCUUGCAUUAUUUACAAAAGUGGUCUGUAAAACCAUUUUAGUCUGGACAUUAUUGUACAUUGUUCCAGAAUCUCUGGGGUGUGGAUUUGUACAGCUCCUUCAGCUGUGAGUCUUGACAUGUGGAUUCUGUAACUGAGCACUGGUCAGAGUAUAGGAAAAUGCAGUCAAGACAACAGAUCAGCAGACUUCCCACACCCCACUUCAGCGUCUUGUUACACACCCUAUUCCUUGUUCCUUGGAAUUCCUCACUGUGUUCAAAUCAUUUUCCUAGCUUCUAGUUGUUAAGAAAGGGGCCAGAUGAAUGUGAUGUUACUGUUACAAAGUCUUGUUAAUGCUCAUUUGAAACUUAGAGAAAUAUUGUAUAAAGUGUAUAUUUUUAGGAGAACAAAAAGGUGUGAUAUUUUAAGUUUAUAAUAAUAAAGAGGUUCAAGACA